GUUCUGUCUGGCGGCCAUCCCGGAAGUGGGCGAAGGCGGUUGUGGUCAGUGCCUGCCCGCUCCCUCCUCGCCCGGGGCCGGCUGCGCGGGGGCUGCUGGCGCCAUGGCCGACUCGGACCCGCGCUAUCCCCGCUCCUCCAUCGAGGAUGACUUCAACUACGGCAGCUGCGUGGCGUCGGCCAGCGUGCACAUCCGCAUGGCCUUCCUCAGAAAAGUCUACAGCAUCCUCUCUCUACAAGUUCUCCUAACUACAGUGACCUCCGCCCUGUUCCUGUAUUUCGAGUCUGUGCGGACAUUUGUCCAUGAAAGCUUAUGGUUUUCUGGGGUUAAGCCAUCGUUUCCUGGGUUAAGAGUUAGUACUGUGGGCUGCUGGGAUGGCUCAGCCUGGAAAACCAUGCCAAGCCUCAUGAGCUGCAGGACCCACAGCCCUGCUUUAAUUUUGGUGUUUGCUCUCGGAUCUCUGGGCUUGAUUUUUGCGUUAACGUUGCACAGACACACACAUCCACUGAACCUCUACCUGCUAUUUGCAUUUACACUGUUGGAAGCUCUGACUGUGGCAGUUGCUGUUACUUUCUAUAAUGUGUACCUGGUUCUGCAAGCUUUCAUACUGACUACUGCAGUCUUCCUUGGCUUGACUGCCUAUACUCUACAGUCAAAGAGAGAUUUCAGCAAGUUUGGAGCAGGGCUGUUUGCUGUUUUGUGGAUUUUGUGCUUGGCAGGAUUCUUGAAGGUUUUUUUCUAUAGUGAAACCUUGGAGCUGCUCUUGUCUUCUCUGGGCGCCCUUCUUUUCUGUGGAUUCAUCAUCUAUGACACCCACUCGCUGAUGCACAGACUGUCUCCUGAAGAGUAUGUACUAGCUGCCAUCAGUCUCUACUUGGACAUCAUCAAUCUGUUCCUGCACCUGCUGAGGUUCCUGGAGGCAGUUAAUAAAAAGUAGCUGAACAGUCUACAGAGACCGUUUUAUUAUGUAAAACGUUUGAACUACACCUGAGUAUUAAAAUCAUUUGUGAUCUUU